AUGAGGGCCCACCUCGUCGUCACUUAUUGGCUCGCCCUCGCCGGCAUCCAAGCCUCAGCGGUUCCGUUCAGAGGCGACCACGGACUCGAAAAACGUCAAUCAGACACAGGAGUGCAACCCUCCCAGCCAGCCGUAACCCCCCAACCCUCAACACCCGCUCCGCCUGCCCCGAAUCCAUCGCCCUCGCCAGCUGCAGGCGGUGGUGACAGCACUCCGGCCCCCGCCAGUCAACCCGCCCCGGAACCCAGUGCGACUCCCUCCAGUCCGCCGGCGCCAGCGCCCAACACGACCCCGCUUCCGUCACCAGCGCCGUCUCAGAAUGAGAUCCCGGCUGGGAGUGCUGCGUCGUCCGCACCUCCGGCCGACCAAAGUGUUCAACAGCCACCACCACCAGGCACCUCUCCAACUCCGUCAGUACCAGCUCCGGAACCUACUCCGUCGCCAGCGCCGCCGCCGGCCGAAACCCCUCCGUCGCCCGCUCCAUCGACGUCCGCCCCAGUGGUGGUUCUUCCAACGCAGACCAUCCCGGAGGUGCUUCCGACCUCUACGGGGGUGCCGCAGGACUCCGCGUCAUCCUCCCCAAAUGUGUCCGAAGCACCUCUGGGGACGUCCGCGGCCUCGCAAGGCGUGGCACCGUCUCCUGUGACUCCUUUGGAUGUCGGCUCUCAGCCUGCAGCCACAGCCGCUUCGCGGUUUAGCAGCGUGAUCCAGGCUAACCCGAGCAGCUCAGGAGGAGCACAGCCCUCUGGGCAAAUCCCAUCCGCGGGCCCUGCGUCGGGCACGGUGGUCGCCACUCCCGACGCCUCAGCUGUCGUCCCUGGCUCGAGCACAGCGGUCGAGUCAGCGGGCCCUUCUGGGGUGGGGCCGGUUUCGCAAGCGUUGGUUACCUCGCCGUCCGCCAGUGACGGCGCCAGUGUUCCGGCCCCUCCUCCAGCCACUUCUGCAGCCUUUGCCCCUGCCGCCACCCAAGGCAUUGGCGCCGACAACACCCAAUGCACGACCUCAAACGGCCUCAAGGGCAAGGUCGGCCCGGGGGGCUGCUUUGCAAAUGCAGGCCAGGAUUGCUCAGUCUCUGAUGGCAUCAAGGGCGUGACAACAGACUCUGGCACCUGUGCACCAGUAGUCAGUGUUGGCGCGUCCUGUACAUUGUCGAAUGGGGCCAAGGGCACAGCGCAGCUGCAAGGUCUCGGCACCAGCCUUUCGUGUAUCGGUGACGACCUCUCCGCUGGCGGCUCCUGCUCUCUUCCGUUCAACGUUAUUGGCACCAUCGGCAGUGAUGGUCGGACCUGCGUGCCGCCGAAGGAGGCACCGUCCGCCGGGCAACCAUGUCCCGUUCCUGGUAUCAGCGGCCUCGGCGUAAUGCAACCAGACGGCAAGACUUGCCUGCCGCCGACUCCGUCCGACAUCACCAGCUCUAGCGGCGGAGGUAACGGAGGCAGUCUCAGUAAUGGAGCUGGGUGCGCUAUCGGAGGCCAGGCCGGCACUGUCAACAACGGCGCCUGUAUGGCCCUCGUGUCCAAAGCUGGCGACCCAUGCUACCGCGGCGGGGAAGGAGCGUUCUUCUCCAACGCAAUCCCAGACGGAAUCCUCGGUGCAGAUCUCACGACCUGCGAGAUUGUCAACGACACGUGCAAUGCCAACGGCGUGCAGGGCCGUUGGAGCCCGAGUUAUGUCUGCUCCAGCGUUCCUCCCAGCUCUGGUAACCCCGCCCAAGAUGGCGACGUCUGCCAGCGUUCCCAGAUGUGGGGCGGCCGGUGGGACGCUGCGACAUCCACGUGCAUUCUGCCAGGCGACCCGUGCCCGACUGGCAUCUACGGUCCGAACGCGAAGGACUGCAUUCCCAAACCGGCAGCCGGCUCUGGCUGCCAGACUGGGCAGGGCUUCAACGGCUCCUUCAACGACGCUGGCCUCUGCGUAGCUACCAUCCCUCCAGGUGAACGCACGCCAUGUAUCUCGGUCAAGAGCAUCGCAGGCACCAUCUCCAUCACACCCAACGGCACGCUAUGCCAGAUCCCUCCGAACCCCGACACCCCGCAGGGUCUGCUCCAGGAUAUUUUGCCGUCGUCGUACUGCUCAAACGGCAAGGACGCGGGUGCAUUCAAUGACCUCAUCGAGUGUGAGGUCCAGCAGCGCCCCGGCGGUCUAAGCGCUAUCCCGGAGGGAACGCCCGGCAACCCGCGCAACGACAUCUCGUCGCUGCAGACAGUCACGCACAGGACUCAGAAGAAGAACUGGAUUCCUGGCGUCAUUGCGGCCUGUGCUGUGGUCGCCGCUGCCGUCAUCAUCGGAGUUCUCCUCUGGAAGUGCGGGCCCAGGUGCAGAUCGCGCCUUCGGCGCCGUCAGGGGCAUGAGUCGCCAGCUCUCGGCCCCGGUGAUGGUAUCCUGGACGAGACGACGUACGGCCCGCAACCUACGUUCCCGACCGUCAAUGCUCAGUAUCGGGACUACAACCAAGCCGCGACAAGCAGCCCGCCCACCGGGAACCGCCUCUCGGAUCCCGACCCGUAUUCCAAUUACAACCAGGGCGCGAACCGCUCGCACAACGGGAACCGCCUGUCCAUGAUAUCGGAUACAGCCUCGACCACGGACCCCUUCAACGACAGCAACAUCAACGGUAUGCAAGCAGGCUGGAACCAGCGGCACCCGUCCGAGUACUCUGCGGCCUCGGUGUCUGCCUACUCUGGCUCGCAGUCCAUGCCGCUAUCUCCUCCCGGUUCGCCACCCAUAAUGCAGAUGUCACCGCCCGUCUCUCCAGGGAUGCACGUCGUCAACCAACCCCUCCUUUCUGGGUACCCUGCCGACCCCCCAGCAUAUCCUGCCGAAAAGCACGGACACAACCAGAGUCCGUUCCGUUAA